AAGAAAAAUACCAGAAAAUUAGGGAGGGAGAGAGAGAGAGAGAGAGAGAGAGAGAGAGAGAGAGAGAUUGGAUUGGAAGGCCUACGUUGUGUGGAUAAGAAAAUCAAGCCGACGCCAAAGGAAGGCAAGACAAAGGCUAGAGCGGAAGAAUCUCGUGAACCACGUCCAUCGGUACGGCGAUCGAAUCAAAAAAACCCUCCCUUCUCACUCCACUUCAGUCCCACUUCUUUGAGUCUUGACCCACACUCACUUCCUUUCUUCCUUCCAUGGUCGUACCUAAAAGGAGGAAGCUUUGCAGAGUAAAUCAGUAGUACGCAGCAUCCUUUUUUCUCUGUUUAUUCUACCGUUCUUUUCCCACACCCAAUUCCUUUCCCCGCCCAUUAAGACUCUGACGGAGUGACUGAGAUGGUGAGGAUAAUUCCCAUGGCUUCUACGAUUCGCCCUUCUCUCUCCUCGCUCAGACUGCCUCUCCUGCGCUGCUCUUCUCUCUCUUAUCACAACCCCUCUCGCCGUCUCGCUCUCUUGCAUCUUGGUAGCGCUGUUCCACAGUUACAGUUCUUUGGUCUGAAAGCAGCUAAGCUGUUGAGAGGAGAGGGUAAUGGCAUGGGGAUGGCCACAGCUGGAAAUGCUGCCCAAGCAAGCACUGCUGCUACCCAAGAAAAUGUCCUAGAGUGGGUCAAGAAAGACAAGCGAAGGAUGCUCCAUGUUGUUUACCGGGUUGGAGACCUGGACAAAACCAUAAAAUUCUACACAGAGUGCCUGGGGAUGAAACUGCUGCGGAAACGUGACAUACCAGAGGAGAGAUACACAAAUGCCUUUCUUGGAUAUGGGCCCGAAGAUUCUCACUUUGUUAUUGAACUCACUUACAAUUAUGGAGUUGACAAGUAUGAUAUUGGAGCUGGAUUUGGCCACUUUGGCAUUGCUGUUGAAGAUGUUGCCAAGACUGUGGAACUCAUAAAGGCUAAGGGUGGAAAAGUAACCCGAGAACCUGGUCCUGUCAAAGGUGGCAGUACAGUGAUUGCAUUUGUUGAGGACUUUGAUGGGUAUAAGUUUGAACUUUUGGAGAGGGGACCUACUCCUGAGCCAUUGUGUCAAGUAAUGCUUCGUGUAGGUGAUCUUGAUCGUUCCAUAAAUUUUUAUGAGAAGGCCUUUGGCAUGGAACUUCUUCGCACACGUGAUAAUCCAGAGUAUAAGAAUCUGACUAUAUUGGUUGGGGAGUUUUUUUAUGUCUCCAACCUGAUGCCCUUUUCAUCCAAAGAAGGAUACAAGCAGGAGGAGAGAAGAACAAGUAUAUUAACCAUAAUCUUUAUGGUGAACCUAAAAGACAUAUUUUCUAGCAGUGCAAAAUAAGAAAGAGUUCACCAAAGAAAGGAGGAGCUCAUUGCUGGGAAUCCUACUUUCCUAAUUGACCUAUGUAGCAAGGACACCAAAACUUGUGUUUCAAUGUCAACACAGUUAUAUGAUUUGACACAUCUGGACAUACAAAUAGUUAUAUGUACCUGCUUUCAAUGCUACCUGUCAUGCACCUUACUUUCAUUGCUGGAAUUAGUGCUGUCCAGAGAGAUCGCAUAUUUAAUAACUAUGAAUGAUACUUUGGGAUAUUUGGAAGAAAGAGGUGUUUCCAUGACUGUACAACCUAGUGAUUUUGUUCCGCUUAAUCCCUAUUUCAUGGCCACAUAUCUUUCCGGCUAAGGGAUGGGAAACCUUCAUCCUGUUACAUGAAUGCAAUUUUUGUUUCAUCCGGGAAAAGUCAUCUUUUUUAAAAAUGUCUUUGUCAUUUGAUCCAAUAGCGUUCCCUAAGAUAGCAAUAGAUUUGAUAAAUACCGAUAACUCUCGAAUGGAGUAUUAGAACCGAAAAAUCGAUUAGAUAAUGAACUACUGGUUCUAAGCCAUCUCUGGUAAUAAAUCAACAAUUCGAAGUGAUUUUCUUUCGUAUUCUUGCUAAACCAGUGUUUAUAUAUAGAUGUAGUAAUAUCUGUUCAGGUGGUGAAAGCCUUGGUCUUGGGGUAUCACUCCCUUCAAGGUCUAAGGUUCAACACCUCAUGGAUGUAAACAAUCCUUUGGGGCCACACCCCCUGAUGAAAAGCCAUCAAUUUAACCAGUUUCGUGUAGGGAAACUUCCGAGGGUGUGGUGCACGGGAC